GUAACCUAGGGCCGCCCCCCGUUAGCGCGUCGUUGGGCUCGAAAGCGAAGGCGGGAGUCCGGGCGGGAGUGCUCCUGCUGGUCCUCCCGGCGGGAUGACCCAGUCGGUGGUCGUACAGGGUGAGCUACCCCCGUCCGCGGGGACCGGGGUCGCCGCGGAGCCCUGUCACCUGGUUGCCUUCCUAAUGCACUCCUCUCUCUUCCUCGCUGCGGGCUGCAGUCGGACAGUGCGGGAACCAGAUCGGCUGCUGCUUCUGGGACCUGGCGCUCAGGGAGCACGCCGCGGUCAACCAGUUUGCUUUGUUUUCUAGAAAGGAAUUUAUGACGACGCAAUAAGCAGCUUCUUCAGGAAUGUGGAUACCAGAGUUGUCGGGGAUGGUGGCAGUAUUUCCAAGGGGAGAAUAUCUUCUUUGAAAGCGCGGGCUGUUUUGAUUGACAUGGAAGAAGGUGUCGUGAAUGAAAUUCUCCAAGGCCCACUGAGAGACGUGUUUGAUAGCAAACAGCUCAUCACUGAUAUCUCUGGCUCAGGAAAUAAUUGGGCUGUGGGUCACAAAGUUUUUGGAAGUCUUUACCGGGAACAGAUUUUAGAGAAACUCCGAAAGUCGGCAGAGCAGUGUGAUUGUUUACAGUGCUUCUUCAUCAUCCACUCCUUGGGAGGAGGAACAGGCUCUGGACUUGGCACAUUUCUGUUGAAGGUGCUUGAAGAUGAGUUCCCUGAAGUGUACAGGUUUGUGACAGCGGUUUAUCCUUCCAGUGAGGACGACGUCAUCACCUCGCCUUACAACAGCAUGCUGGCCAUGAAAGAGCUCAGCGAGCAUGCAGACUGUGUGCUGCCCAUCGACAACCAAUCUUUAUUUGACAUCAUUAGCAAAAUUGAUCUUGUGGUAAACUCUGGAAAGUUGGGCUCAGCUGUGAAGCCUAAGAGCGUCCUCACUUCGAGCACGGGGGCUGUCAGAAAGCGCCACAAGAAGCCCUUCGACGCCAUGAACAACAUUGUGGCAAACCUGCUCCUCAGCCUGACAAGCUCUGCGAGGUUUGAAGGCUCCCUUAAUAUGGACCUGAAUGAGAUCAGCAUGAACUUGGUUCCUUUCCCACAGCUUCAUUAUCUCGUGUCAAGCCUGACACCUCUGUACACGCUGGCCGAUGUUAACAUUCCCCCCCGAAGAUUGGAUCAGAUGUUUUCAGACGCCUUCAGUAAAGAUCACCAGCUCAUGCAAGCAGACCCCAGACACAGCCUCUACCUUGCCUGUGCCCUCAUCGUCAGAGGAAAUGUACAGAUUUCUGAUCUGCGCAGAAAUAUUGAAAGAUUAAAACCCGCUCUGCAGUUUGUCUCCUGGAAUCAAGAAGGCUGGAAGACUAGCCUGUGUUCGGUCCCACCUGUGGGCCACUCGCAUUCGUUGUUAGCCUUAGCAAACAACACAUGUGUGAAGCCUACCUUCGUGGAGCUGAGAGAAAGGUUCAUGCGGCUCUACAAGAAAAAGGCUCACCUCCAUCACUACCUGCAAGUUGAUGGGAUGGAGGACAGCACGUUUACAGAAGCUGUGUCCUCUCUGUCAGCGCUCAUACAGGAGUACAGUGACCUCGAUGCCACAAAGAGCAUGCCUGCACCACACGUGCCCAGGCUGAGUGUGGCCUGCUGAGGGAAGAAGCCGACAAAGCCACUCCUGUGCCCAGGCUGAGUGUGGCCUGCUGAGGGAAGAAACUGACAAAGCCACUCCUGUGCCCAGGCUGAGUGUGGCCUGCUGAGGGAAGAAGCUGACAAAGCAAUUGUUACUUUUUUCUGGUUCUCAUCGGUUUUCGUCCCCUUUUUUUCUGAUUCAACAUUUUUUCUGAUUCAGAAAGCCCAAUUUGUUUCUCACAGUAUCAGGAAGUAUUUUAUCUAAAAUGGUGGUUUCUAUUUUAUUACAAUUUUUUAUAGCAGUAUAUGGUAUCACUUCAGGCAAUUUGCCAGAGUGAAGGAGCAGUUUCUUCAUUCCUUUGCUUUAUUUGUGUCUUUCACAGAUCUCUUCACAGUGGUGAGCGCCUCAGGAAAGAUGUACAUCUCCCUUGUAUAUUUAUAUUUAUGCUUUCAUACUUUAUUUAAAUGUUUGGAACGUAGGUCUUUGGAAUGGAGGAACAAGAUAGAUAGAAUGGCUAGACUUUUCAGGAUAGUUUUUGUUCUUUGACUAAUAACAUGUUUAUGGUCCAAAGAAUCACAACUUGGCAUCCAGUCACAUUUAUAAUAAAUGGUUUAAAAGCAAAUGUGUAAA